ACGCGGGAAGUGGAGCUGCCGGAGCAGCAGAGUUACAGUAUUGCCGUUAGCUGGAGCUACUGUUAGCUACAGACAGUCUGUCUAUCUCAGUACUGUGUUUGUUUUUAAGGGAAGGGAAAACGCUGCAUUUACGUAUUAAAACUUACUAUCGUUUGUCCGCGGCAGUGUCUCCGUCUGUUAUAUACAGCCUAGCAUACGUGUAGCUAACUGCUAGCGUGCUAACCUGGUUGGGUUUGCAAGAUGGAUUUAUUCAGAGGAAAAACUUUGCGCGACGAUGAAGCUCGGGUUGUGGAAAAAGCCAUCCGGCUGGCCAUAGACUCGGUAACUAACGUGCUGUUUGGCGUCAACAGCUCCAGGAGUCAUGAGUACGAGCGGAUGGUAGCCGACAGGGACAAAGAGAUCCAGCGGCUGGAGGGCAGGCUGACGGAGAUGGAGCAUGAAAUGCGGCUCCUGCGCCGACAGGGAUGCAGCUGCGGGCUGUACGGGGCAGAGCAGAGCCUGGAGGCUGCUCAGACCCCCGCUGGUCCCCGGACCGGAGAGCACAGUGUGUUUGAACAGAGCUGCAUAGACUCUGAGAUGACACAAGGGCAGCAGGAGUAUGACAUGAGCAUCUCUUCGGACCUUUUUACCAGACCCAUCUCACAUGUCUCCUGUCAAAGCCACACGUCGGCUCUUCCAUCAUCCCCCAGCAGAAUGGCUCUGGAUCAGUCGUGCACCCCCCACUCCUCUCAGUCCUCAGGUGCACCAGAAGCAGCCAGGAACCUGCCUACAUCUCCCAGCAGCAUCGUCAUUAAGGAGGAGCAGUGUGAUGAACAUCCAGUUAUAAUCAAGUGGGAAAUGAGUGAGGAGAGAUUCACGGAGCAUCAGAAGUUCACAGACCAGCUGUGUUCGGAGGAAGAGAGCCCCAGUGUAAAUGCAGAUUUGGAGAACAUAGAGAGAAGAAACUUCCAGGAGAAUCCUCACACAGAGCCAGGCCGUCAUUGUGACCCUGAAGGAGAACAGCUGACGAACAAGAAGAAAGGCGUACCGAUGUCAGAGCUGACAGAGGAAGCUCAGAGACUAAAGAGGGCGGCCUGGAGGGCAGCUUCCAGGAGAUACUAUGCCCGAAAAAUAGCCCGCCAACAAGCAAAUCCCUCACGUUCUGGACCCUUCCCCCCACGUCCCUGCCCCUUCCCACACAUCACCGACAACCGCUAUUAUCAACCCAUCUCCUUCGCGGACAAGAGAAGGAGGACGCUCAUAUCUGAAUUACCUGAAGAGUCUCAGUCGCUGCAGAGGGAGGCGUGGAGAGCCGCGUCUAGGAGAUACUAUGCUCGAAAAACUGCUCGGCACCAGAGUGAGCCCACACAGUACGCACAGCUGCUCCAGAGCAUGGAGCUGUCUGCAGACACACAGGGAGCCGACAGAGGACCAUCCCAGACCAGCAUUGGAGGAAUAAUGUGCAGCUGAUGGACAAACAUGCUCUCUACCUUUUCUAUUCUACACAUUUAAACUAGGGCCGGGACUUGAUUAAAAAAAAAUCUAAUUAAUUAAUCGAAGUUAAUCGCAUUUUAAUCGCAUAUAAAUAUUUGACCUGAGAACAGUGAGAAGUAAUUUUUUUCCCAUGGAUUUUUAGUAUACCAUUGAAUAGUGACUGAAUACAUAAGCUUAACCCUUUAUCGAGCGAAGAACUAUAUUUGGUAACUUCAGUGGAUAUCAAAACUGGGUCCCCAUGUCUCUCUGUGAGGUCGUAGAACCACAUGGAUUUCUUCCAGCUAAUCAGCAAAGAUCAGGCUACGUUAGUAGAUUAAAGUGGCAAAUCUACAAGAAAAAAAGUUGCAGAUUUAAGAGAUUUAAAGUGGCAAAUCUGCGCGAAAAAAGUCAC